UUCUUGAAUAAAGUCUAUCCGAACUGAAAUAGCACUUCUCAGAUCAGACUAUACCUCUCCAGCUACUAAUCAAUAUUAAAACUUUCAUAAUCUUUAAGACAAAUAUGCCUCAGGCUCAGAGAUCAGUUAAACUCAAGUGUGCAAAACUUGGGUACCAAUAUGUUGUGAAUCACUUCUUGACAUGUCUAUUGUUGCCCAUAAUGGCUAUGGUUUUUGUUCAAGCUAUUCAACUAGGCCCUGAGGAAAUUUCCAAUCUUUGGAACUCCAUACAGUUUGAUUACACCAAAACUGUCUGUUCAUCUUUCGUUGUCAUCCUCGUGUCCAUUUUAUACUUCAUGUCAAGGCCUCGAGGGGUUUACCUAGUCGAUUAUGCAUGUUACAAGCCACCUCUGUCAUUGCGCGUCCCCUUUUCAAUCUUCAUGGAGCAUUCAAGAAUCAUACUUAGUUCAGAGCCAAAGAGUGUUGAAUUCCAACUGAAGAUUCUUGAGAGGUCUGGUUUAGGAGAAGACACAUGUUUGCCACCAGCAAUUCAUUGUAUCCCUCCUGCACCUAGCUUGGACACUGCAAGAGAAGAAGCUGAAAUGGUAAUAUUUUCAGUCAUGGAUUCUCUCUUCAAGAAAACAGAGGUAAAGCCUAAAGAUAUCGACUUUCUUAUAGUGAACUGUAGCCUUUUUUCGCCAACGCCAUCUUUAUCAGCAAUGGUGGUUAAUAAGUACAAAAUGAGAGACAACAUCAAGAGCUAUAAUCUUUCAGGAAUGGGGUGUAGUGCUGGAUUGAUCUCCAUUGAUUUAGCUCGUGAUCUUCUCCAAGUUCAUCCCAAAUCGAUUGCUGUGGUUGUCAGCACAGAAAUCAUCACGCCGAAUUACUACAGAGGCAAAGAUAGAUCAAUGCUCCUACCAAAUUGUCUGUUCAGAAUGGGAGGUGCAGCCAUACUUUUAUCAAACAAGUGGUGGGCAGAUCAACGGCGAGCCAAGUACAAGUUGCUGCAUACAGUGAGAACACACAAAGGAUCUAACGACAAAUCUUAUAAUUGUGUAUUUGAAACUGAGGAUUCAGAAGGUAAAACAGGAAUUUCCUUGUCAAAAGAUCUAAUGGCCAUAGCAGGGGAGGCAUUGAAGUCUAAUAUAACAUCACUUGGACCACUUGUUCUUCCUCCAUCAGAACAACUUCUGUUUCUCUUGUCACUCAUUGGCCGAAAGGUCUUUAACUCAAAACUGAAACCAUAUAUUCCGGACUUCAAACAAGCGUUUGAACAUUUCUGCAUUCAUGCUGGUGGAAGAGCGGUGAUUGAUGAACUGCAGAAGAACUUGCAGCUGUCUGCAGAACAUGUUGAGGCAUCGAGAAUGACUCUGCACCGGUUUGGGAACACGUCUUCUUCAUCAUUAUGGUAUGAACUGAGUUAUAUUGAAGCUAAGGGAAGGAUGAAGAAAGGUGACACAAUUUGGCAGAUUGCAUUUGGGAGUGGAUUCAAGUGUAACAGUGCUGUUUGGAAGUGUAACAAGACAAUAAAAACUCCAAGUGAUGGACCUUGGUCUGAUUGUAUCCAUAAGUACCCAGUUUAUAUCCCAGAAAUAGUAAAGCUCUAGGAGAAUAUAAUCAACAAUAGCAGAGAAGAAUAUUUGUGGUUAAAUCUGUUUUUGUUCUUACCUCUUGUAAGCUAUAUGGAACUUAUAUGC